AUGUUGAGUUUAGUAUGUGAAGGAUAUAACAACUGGAAACACUUGUCUGAAAUGUUAAAGAUUCAUGAGAAUACCACUUCUCAUAAGAAGUUUUACCUUUCAUGGAUUGAUGCUGAACUACGAUUAAAAACAGGAAAAACAAUAGAUUGCCAAGAGCAACAUUUGAUUAGAAAGGAAAAUACAAGAUGGAAUAAUGUUUUGUCUAGAUUAUUGCAUAUUACACUUUAUGUAGCUGAAAACAAUAUGGCGUUUAGAGGUACUUCCGACAAACUAUAUACGCCAAAUAACGGAAAGUUCUUAGGCUUAGUACAACUGCUAGCCAAAUUUCAUCCAGUUAUGCAGGAGCACUUACGAUUAGCUAUGAAGGGUGAUGUGUCAGAUCACUACUGGGGAAAAGACAUUGAAAAUAAAUUGAUAGAGCUGAUGGGUGAAAAAGUGAAGUCAGAAAUCAUAUCACAAGUAAAGAAAUCAAAAUAUUAA